GCGUUUUUGAGAAGUUGACACUGAACACGCUCUCGCGUUCCGUUGUGCCAGACGUGCGUCAUACUUGCGUCGCGUCUCGCUUUGCGUGGGGUCGAGUACGACGUGCGUUGCGUUUUAAGACGGCGUCACAAUUGAAAAUCAGUUAAACUUUAUACAGAACGCUUCGGGUUUUGAAUGAAAGACCGAACACUUUCUUGCGCUAAAAAGCAAGGCGCAACGAACCGAACAGAACGCAGCAGGUGUCUCGAGACGCGUUUCUAACAUUUAAAGUUCUUUUUUUACUUGGUACUGUGUCUAAAAAACGCUCCUGCACGAGACGCUGAUAACACAGCAAGUCGCGGCGCAACGGUCAAAGAAGUCCAUCAGGCGUGUGUUUACAUACAAAGACAAUUGAAAUACAGUGCGGACGGACGAAAAACGUAUACGCCCCCUGAGUAGGCAGCUCGCAAGGGUUUGAAACACAGCUAGUUUUUUUAAAAGCGUUUUUAUCACUUUCAGUUGUCAUUUGAAAAUAGGCCACAUAAUGUUUUCUAAAUUAUUAUCAAUAUCCAUAUAAACGUUGCUAAUAAACGGGCUGAAAUAAAAACGUUAGCAGCGCAAUUUUAUUUCCGGGUGUUUUAAAACGGGGGAACCCCGUGGUGUUUUUUUACCACGGGUAUACAACGAAAAGUAAAAGCAAUAUCAAUAUGUCAUCAUAACGUGCUGUUGGUACAGACACGAACUAAUCUAAACUCAAUGGCUUCUGGAUCAGCAGUAUCAGAUCCGUCAUUAAACGGGGUUUCGUCAACACCGGGUGAGAAUGAGUACCCGUCAGGUUUCCCUCAGAGCAUCUGUGAUGAAGUCCCGAAGGAGAAGUACUUGUGCAGCAACUGUAAUAAUGUACUUAAUAAAGCGCAUCAAACGGUGUGCGGUCACCGUUACUGCCUCGCCUGCGUCAACUGGUUGGUAAGAAACAACAAGGACCUUGUGUGCACCAAAUGUAAAGAAGAGGAUCCAAGCGUUGAAAAUGACACUAGUGUACUGACUCUUGACCAAUUCUUCAAUGAUGCAGCUAUUAAUAAGGAAAUUUUAGAUCUGAAAGUUCACUGUGCUAACCAAGGCUGCCCCUGGAGAAGCACCCUGAAGAACUUUGAGGAACAUCAGAGUCAGUGUGAACAUGCCUUGAUCCCCUGCAACAUUGGUUGUGGCAUAAUGGUGCAGAGAAAGACACUGGCCACACAUCUAGAAAGAGGCUGUCCAAACAACAAGAAUACAUGUCCCUCUUGCUCAGCUGUCCUGACACCUAGAGAGCUCCAGAAGCAUGUAUGUCCCAAUUCAGUUGAUAAGAAGACAUUAAAGACAGAGAAACGGCAAAAGAAUAAUCCCCAAAGCAACUCCAAAAAGAAAGAGCCAUGCAUUUUUUCCGAAGUCGGUUGUCCUUUUAAGGGUAAUUCAGACAAGGUAAAAGAGCACGAGUCCUGCAGUCACGUUGGUCAUCUCCAGCUUCUCUUGGAAGUCACCAGGACUCUUCAGCGUACCUUUCAUUCCCAACCUGAGGGAGGCCACCAUGAAAUCGCUCUGGACUAUCUUCAUCCUGGACAGAAUGGUGCUUCUCUUGCUUCUCAAAGUGAAGGUGAGAUCGAGGCCGAUGGAGGAGACCCAGGAAUGACUGAUAAGGCCUUCAGCCUCCACGACGACCAGGCUGAACUUGCUGUAGGACAGCAACUGGACGCCCUACAGCAGAGAGUCCAGAUUAUGGAGAAUAUCAUCUCCGCUUUGAACCAAGAGGUGGAGAAGACCCAGCUCAGUGUGGUUGCACUGGAUAGAGACAACCAGAAUAACCAGCAGAUCAUUCUGCACUUAGAAACAAAGGUAGCCGAGCUGCACCAACGACUGGUCAGGAAAGACAUGUGCAUCGCAUCCUUACAGCAGUCUAUCAGCAUCCAGGAGGACGUUUCGUAUGAUGGCACCUUUCUCUGGCGCUUGUGUGAUGUCAGCCAGAGACUGAGAGAGGCAGCCACCGGGCAAAAGAUCAGUCAGUAUUCACCAGCUUUCUACACCACCAGGUAUGGAUUUAAAGUAUGUAUGCGGCUUUAUUUGAAUGGAGAUGGGGUUGGAAAGGGAACGCACAUCUCCCUUUUUUUUGUUAUCAUGAAAGGAGACUAUGACCCCAUUCUCACAUGGCCAUUCAGACACAAGGUAACAUUCUUUCUUAUAGAUCAGAACCACAGAGAGCAUGUCAUCGAUGCUUUCCGUCCCGACCUGUCCUCUGCAUCCUUUCACCGGCCUGUCUCAGAGAUGAAUGUGGCCAGCGGGUGUCCCCUGUUCUUUCCUCUGGGGAAAUUGAGGUCGCCUAAGCAUGCCUACUGCAAGGAUGACACAAUCUAUAUUAAGUGUGUGGUGGACACCUCGUGAACCAGGAAGGUCUGGCUCUUAAAAGUGAAUUGGUAAUAUCCACACCACUAGCGUCACCAAAUGGAAUUGCAAAAAUUACUAGAUAGGUAAAAUUUGUUAAGACAAACUUUGAUGUUGGCUUGACAAAGCCUUGUCUGAAAGUUUAAACUAGUUUGUAAGGUUUGAUGGUUAUACAGUCAUUACAGUAUGACAUACAGCCAGCUAGCUAUAUAGAAAGGUAAUCAGACAGACUGUCAGAUACUGUACAUAGAUAGAUCAGUUAGAAGUUCAAUCAGUUACGCCCGUUUCACAUCACAAGCUUGAGCGAGAUGUGAGCAUAGUGUCAGCUUAACUACAGCGGAACUGCAGCUGCAGACUCGACAGGGCUUUCACACUGGAAGCGUUUUUAUAGCAUCACAUCAAUGGAUCUAUACAGAAAAAUACUGCGUAAGGUGAGUAUUUAUUUUAAUAAAGACCAUAACUUAUAAAAUGGUUAUCAUGAGUGGGUCAUUGAUUAGUAUUACAAACUUGAUCUUCGUGAAAUCUUAUUUACAUGAGGAGGAGGAGGACCACAUUUGCAUCUAAAAGGUAAACAAUAGAGCACUUUGUGCUUCUCCACUUCCACAAUCAGUCUUGUAUCAUCCAUUGUUGAACAAGAAUGAGGUAAGUUCUGAAUUUACCACGUCACGGUCUGUCAUGUGCAUGUGUUUACAAGUGAAAGCAAACUUGGCUGUGAAUGGGUAUUGCUGAAACCUAUAGACCUUUGGUCUCAUAUUUUCAGGCUCAUAAGUUGUAGUUUACUGUAGUGAUAAAUGAUAAACUCUACUUCUGAUUUAAUCUAUAAUUAAAAUAUUUUAAAUUGGUGUAACUUGUUAAAUCUCCUGGAAUUUCUUUUUUUCUUUUCAUUUGUUUUUCAGAUGUGCUCUAAUUCAUGCAGUAUAAAGACACACUAGACUACUAAUAUAUGCUUAUUCUGUGCAUUGUGUACUUUUUUGUGUCAAAUCACAUUCAUUUUAUCCAUCAACAGUGCACGGUCACUUUAACUGAGCGCAAGCGGCACUGCAAAAAUAGACCCGGCGCCGAAACCCCUGCUGCACUGCAGCUCACGCUAGGCUCUGAUGCGCUGCUGAUGCUUCUGAUGUGACUGCUCUAAUUUGUUAUUAUGGAUGCCGAAAAUAAUAUGCUCUGCUCACGCGCCGAUCACGCUUGCGAUGUGAAACGGGCAUUAGAAAAGACAUAGCACACUAAGUCAGAACAUUCUGAAGGUCUGUGGUAUAUUUAGCUUGAAAUCUUUAGGAGUUGCAAUGGAUAAUUUUGGAAAAACCCAAACCAAGUCUGUAGAAUAGACAAUAUGUUGGCUUUGUCAUGCCAACAUAAUGACUGUUUUCAAACAUGUUUCCCAGAAAGAUGAAAUUCUGUCUUAAUUUACUCGUGUUGGUCCAAACCUGAAUAAUUUUCCUUCUUCCAUAGAACACAGAUGGAUUUGUUACACUGUAUGUAAGCCUUAGUCACCAUUCACUGUCAUUGACUAUUUUUACCAGACAAUGAAUGUAAAUGGUGACUGAUGCUGUCAUUUUGCCUAAUAGUAAUAUCUCCUUUUGUGUUCCACAGAAGUAAGAAAGUCAUACAGGUUUGGAACAAAAUGAGGGUAAGUAAAUGAUGAUGAAAUUUGUAAUUUUUGGGUGAACUAUCCCUUUAAGCUGGUAUUUCUGCAUUGAAACUAUUUAAACAUUGAAAAAUGCACACAAAUCACCUUAAAGAAUGACUGGAAAUCAAUGUCUUAAAUUAACUUUUUCAUUAAAGGGGUCAUGAAGUGCUAUUUUUAAUCAUUUUAUUAUCUUCCUUGAGGUCCACUGAUAAUGUUGUGAAAGAUUUUUUUUUGCACCAAAACAGUCACAAUUUAGUAAUAUAUGAUCAUUUUCCACCCUGUUUUUGGCCCUCUGUCUGAAACGCUCUGUUUUGGCCUAAGCGCCUCCUUAAAACUUAUUUUACACCUAACGUACAUCUGACACAUUGCAUCAGAAUGUAUUAAACUGUUCAUCUCAAGCACAACUGUUAACACACAGCACCAUAAACUAUCACAGUAGUUCUCAACCUUUUUGACUCCAAGGCCCCCCACUGUCCAAGACAAUAUUUGAAGGCCCCCUCGCUGAAACUAGACGUGUCUGAUUAAAAAAAAUAUUUUUUUAUUCUAGAAGUUUCAGAAAGAGUCUGUUUAUAAUUUGUAGGCAUACAUCUUAAAGUAUUUUUUAGCAUUUUAAUUAAGUAGGAUUAUUUUAAUAUUUCUUUUUUUAAAUCAAUUUUAAGUCAAUUUGAGGCCCCCUUGGAAGUGUGCUGAGGCCCCCUAGUGGGUCCCGGCCUCCAGGUUGAGAACCACUGAACUAUCAAACAGUCAUGACAUUUGAAAUAUUCAGAAUGAAAUGGUUUUCUUACGUUUUUGAAGUGUUUUUAACUGCCCAAUCCUUCAAAAACAGUUCCUUUGCAAAGCUUAAAUUGUAUUUUGUCUGUUCACAAGCAAUCCAUGUUGACAUGAGCUGAAAAAAUGCACAUACAUAGUCCAAAGAAUAGUGAAAUUACUCGCACAUAUACUGAAGGCGCACAUCGGCGGAAACACACAGAAGCGGUCGAAGACGUCCAUCGCCAAAGACGUCCUAUGUUUACAUACACCAACAAUUAAAAAUAGCGCAGAUGGGCGAAAGAACGCAUCCAUGAUGUGUUUUUUUUGCUCAAAGCAACACAGGCAGCAGCUGAAUGAAAGAGAAUUGCUUCUCGCUUUCAGAGUUGUAACUUGACACCGUGUCUUUUAAAAGCGGCACAAGAUAUGUAUCAAGCGGUCAAAGAUAUCUGCCUAGUGCAUGAAUAUAUUCAAAAAUAAUCCAGCAGGAUUAUAAUGUUUCAGCAGGGUGGCAACUGUAAUGAUCUUUUUAGACUGGGGAGGAAGUUUUGAGUUCUGAAAUGUACAGUAUGUUUUUACAGUACAGUUACCUCUUAUAUGUCUAAAUAUCAAGAAAAAUUUGAUUCUCCAUUUCAUGACUCCUUUAAGGGGCAAUAUUUUGUAUUAAUAUUUCUUUUUUUAUUUUUUAUUUAAGGAGCUUUUAUAUAUAUAUAUAUAUAUAUUUAUGUGGGCAAUUGUUUUUCUAUCCAUUUAAACAAACUCUGUUUCAUCUGUUUAUGUCAAAUAGUUCAAUUUAAUUGAUUCAUUAAUGCAAAUUCUCAAGAUUGAGAAUUUAUCACCUCUUACCCUAAGAAUUAAAUCAACAUAUGUCAUAAUAUGCCAUAACAUGUAGGCUGUAACUAGAACUAUAAACAAAUAUUUCAGAUUCAUACAAAUAAAAAUAAAAAAACAGCAGAAUUCAUUACUAGGGUGUUUUUGGCCACCACAUUUUGAAUUUUGCUGGCAUUUUUGUUAUUUUGGGUUGCAUUUUACCCCCGAGAUCCCUCUAAAUUUCUGACCCUGCUGGAAAUCUAAGGGAGCAUGUUUAUCAAGUUUAAAAUUUAUAUCUGAAAGACAAUUUAUUUUACACAAAUGAGCAUUGAGUGCAGAGAAACAGGUCUGUGCUUUUUUUUUUUUCCAGCUGUGUGCAGAAUGACAUGGACGUUUCCUGUGAUGAAAUUUGAAUUAAAAUGUUUUGAUUUGUCUAUUUCAGAUGGGAGAUCUCCUAAGCUGUUUUUGUCCCCCCCCCCCCCCCCCACAUGAAAUCUAAUUUGCAAUGCUUUUGUUCCUUUGGGUGCAUAAAUAAAAGACUGUUUAGAUUGACACCUGGUUCUUAAUGUUUUAAUCAUGGAUUGUUCUUUUUUAUUUUGUAUUCUUUUGUGUAUUCUUUAGUAUUUAUUUAAAAAAAAAAUUCUUCAUAUUUUAAAACCAUCCUUACAGUUUUCAUAUAAU